CGUGCCUCAAAAUCAGGUGACUGGGAUUUUCAAACCAAGGCAGCCUCAGAACAGCGUUUCGAAACCUCGCCUAGUCAGUAUCGAGGAGCCCAUCACAACUUUGCUCUUAUGAGAUCCUAGCGGUCCGACCUCUUCACGGCCAUACGAUCAAGCAAAGGUGCGGAAGGGGUUUCCCUUUUCACAUGGCCACACACUGAGGUGUCUAAUGGCCUCCAUCUCAGGGCUGUCCAUGUGAGAAGUGAAUCUGAGAAGACAAAGGCAGACACUUUAAGAGAGAGAAGAGUUUCCCACAGAGCAUGGCCUCUGCCAAAGAAGAUGGCGUGGAUGAAAGAAUGGUGGACAUUAAAGAAGAGGACUGUGAGUGGCUCACACCAGAGGGUGUGUGUGUGACGCUGGAGGAUCACGAAGAAAGAAUUUCAGUUUUUAAAGAGGAGAAGGAGUGCAAGGCGGUGACUGUUGCCAUUAAAUCUGAAGAUUUGAAUGAUUUCUCAGGUGGUCUUGAACUUCAAAAGCAUGAAACUGAGGAUAUUUUCAAGCAAGAGGCCUGUGAAGAAUUUCCAUCCAGUUUACAGCCCUGGUCCACUAAUAUGGGACGACUGGCUACACAGGAGAAUUCUGCAGAGCUGAAAUCAGAGUUAUCACUGUCUGAAGAGAAAAUCACUGAGGAAAAUGGGAAAGAAGGAGAAGAGUCACCUGGGAGUGUUGGAAUAAAUGGACAGAAGAAUUACAGCUUCUCUCCACCUUCAUUUGGUCAGCCCUCUGUUCAGUACAAUGAGAACGUAAUGAAGAAAUCAGCAAAAGGAUCAGAGAACCAGACAGCAGCCUAUUUGCAGUGCAGUUCUCUCCCUGCUGCUGGAGUAACACAGACAGAAGCCAUCAAAACUAAUCGACAACAAGUGGAAAAAGAAAUACAAAUUCACAUUGGAGAAAAAUGUUGUUUGGAAUGUGGCAAACAAUGCACACACAAAAGUGAUCUUAAUAAACAUAUGAAGAUGCAAGCAGGAGAAAAACCUCAUUGCUGUUCAGAAUGUGGUAAGUCAUUCUCAAGGAGAAGCCACCUUCAAAACCACAGAAGAAUUCACACAGGAGAAAACCCUCAUUGUUGUCGAGAAUGUGGCAAGUCGUUCUCAUGUAUAAACAAUCUUCAUAAGCACAGAAGAAUCCACACAAAAGAUAAACCUCAUUGUUGUCUAGAAUGUGGUAAAUCGUUCUUAUGGAGAAGUGAAUUGCAGUUGCACAAAAGAACUCACACAGGAGAAAAACCUCAUUGCUGUUCAGAAUGUGGUAAGUCGUUCUCAUAUAUAAGCAGUCUUCAGAGGCACAUUAGACUCCACACAGGAGAAAAAACGUAUUGUUGUCCAGAAUGUGGUAAAUCGUUCUCAUGUCGAAGUGAACUUCAGAGGCACAGAAGAAUCCACACAGGAGAAAAACCUCAUUGUUGUCCAAAAUGUGGUAAAUCAUUCUCAUGUAGACGUGAAUUUCAAUUGCAUUUAAUAAUUCACACAGGAGAAAAACCUUAUUGCUGUUCAGAAUGUGGUAAGUCCUUCUCAAGGAGAAGCGACCUUCAGAAACACAGAAUAAUCCACACAGGAGAAAAACCUCAUUGCUGUUCAGAAUGUGGUAAAUCUUUCUUAAGUAGAAGCAAUCUUCUGAGGCACAGAAGAAUCCACACAGGAGAAAAAACGUAUUGUUGUCCAGAAUGUGGUAAAUCGUUCUCAUGUCGAAGUGAACUUCAGAGGCACAGAAGAAUCCACACAGGAGAAAAACCUCAUUGUUGUCUAAAAUGUGGUAAAUCAUUCUCAUGGAGACGUGAAUUUCAAUUGCAUAAAACAAUACACACAGGAGAAAAACCUCAUUGCUGUUCAAAAUGUGGUAAGUCCUUCUCAAGGAGAAGUGACCUUCAGAAACACAGAAUAAUCCACACCGGAGAAAAGCCUCAUUGCUGUUCAGAAUGUGGUAAGUCGUUCUCAUAUAUAAGCAGUCUUCAGAGGCACAUUAGACUCCACACAGAAGAAAAACCUCAUUGCUGUCCAGAAUGUGGUAAGUCCUUCUCAAAUAGAAGCAAUCUUCAGAAACACAGAAUAAUCCACACAGGAGAAAAACCUCAUUGUUGUCCAGAAUGUGGGAAGUCUUUCUCAUGGAGAAGCAACCUUCAGAAACACAUAAAAAUCCACACAGGAGAAAAACGUCAUUGUUGUUCAGAAUGUGGUAAGUCGUUCACAAUGAGAAGCAGCCUUCAGAUCCACAGAAGAAUCCACACAGGAGAAAAAUCUCAUUGUUGAUCAGAAUGCGGUAUGUUGUUCUCAAGGAGAAGCAGUCUUCACAACCACAGAAAAAUCCACACAGGAGAAAAACCUCAUUUCUGUUCAGAAUGUGGUAAAUCGUUCUCACGUAUGGACAAUCUUCAGAGGCACAGCAUAAUACACAUUGGACAAAAACCUCAUUAACGUUGAGAAUGUGGUAAGUCCUUCUCAUGGAGAAUCCAUCUUCAGAUGCACAGAAGAAUCCACAGAGGAGAAAAACCUCAUUAUUGUCCAGAAUGAGCCGAACAAUUUUCUGACAAAUGUAGUUUUCAAUGGCACACAAAAAUUGAUACAGGAGAGAAGCCAUAUUGCAGUUUUCAGUGUGGAAAAAAGUUUUAAACAUUAGCUCAUUUCAAGUAAACACACAAACUCCCACUAAAACCAAAAUACAGUAAGUAUGUUCUGAAUGUGGCAAAUGUUACACAAGCCAGAAAGGUCUUUCCACAUGCCAAAAUCCAUACUGAAGAAAAAUCUCAUUGCUGUUCUAAAUGUAAGAAACUAUUCUUAUAUUUAAGGACACUUCUGUGCCACAUCAGAACUCCUACUGGAUAUAAACCGUAUUGUCCUGAAUGUGAUAAGCAGUUCUCACAUCAAAGCACCAUAAAGAGUCACAUCAGACGUCACACUGGAGAGAAACCUCACCUUUGCUUGGAAUGUGGCAAACAAUUCUUAUACCUCAAUGCUCUGUAUAAGCAUACUUAAUGUCAUACUGGAGAGAAGCCUUACAGUUGAACUGAAUGUGGAGUGUUAUUCUCAUAUAACAAUUCUCUUCACAAUCAUAAAAUAAUUCUUUCUGGUAAGAAACAAAGCUGUUCUGACUGUGGAAAGAUUUUCUCAGACAGCACAACUCCUAAAGAUCACAUGAGAAUUCACUCUGGAGACAAACCUUAUUGCUGUCCAUAGUGUGGCAAAUGAUUCUCACAUCCAAACUCACGUAGGUGCCAUAGAAGGAUCCACACUGGAGAGAAGCAAUACACCUGUUCUGAAUGUGGUAAAGUGUCCUCUUUCCAGAAAAAUUUUUGGAGACGCACACAAAGUCAUAUUGGAGUAAAGCCUGUCCCAGAAAUGACAAAUGAUCUUUCCAUUGAAUCCUCGGGCAAAAAAAAAAAAUGAAGAAAAAUCUUCUGAAUGAGGUAAAGGACUUCAGUUGAAUGUAGUUAAUAAAUACAUAAUAAUAGUGGAGAAAGCACAUAAAGUGGCAAAUAGAUCCUAGAUGUAAGGUAACCUCCCAGCCACAUAUGAAUGCACACUGGAAUACAACCCAUAUUUCACAAGCAGCAAGAAUCUUCUUCAACGACGUCUAGGUGCAAGAAAAAACCUCAUUGUUGUCCUAAAUGCGGUUAACUCUUUUCAGACAGCAGUGGCCUUCAUAUUCAUAAAUGACUGGCUUACUUCUGGUAAGCCUCUUAGCUGUUGUGACUGUUAAAGUUGUCCUCCUAUAUCAGCAACACGUAAGAAUUCAUGAAGGAGUCAGAAACUGUACUGCUAGGACGUCAGCCAUACAGGGACUGAUCAUCUCUGCACCAGUGCUGUGACAUAAGAUGGUGAACAAUACAAACAUCAGACAACAGAAAGAGGUAGCAACAGAACUGUGCGGUGAUGAUAACUUCAACCACAGAGCACAACUGAGAAAGUUCGAUGUAAUAAUAAAAAAAAAAUGGAAACCUCAUAUAAAAUCCGCAGUGCCAACUACCAGGAGGUGCCACUGACAACGAGGGGAAUAUUUUUGUUUCAGAGCUUUGGAGAUGAGUCCUUAUCUGAGUAGCCAUGAACUUGUACCAUCUGAGAAAGAAAAAAAAAAAUCUUAUUUACUGUAAUGAUUAUAAGUAGUUUCUUCACAAUAUCAAGAACUGUAUUUUGUACUAAUCAUGCUGCAGAGAGUUAUAUGAUUUAUUAUUUCUAUAUGAUUUGUUCUUCAUUUAUGUAGAAAAAAAAUUAGACUUGUGCACAGAAUAAGGGACUAACUUACAUUAUUUUAUGAGAAAAUGCUGAUACUAACAGAACACCCUGUGAUAUUAUAAAGCAGUAGUGACCUGUUUCUGAAUUCUUGCUUAAAACUAUUUGAGCAUAUUUCUUAAAACUGUGAGUUCCCCGAUAACCUCUUUAUCUGAAAGAAGCAAUGUACACAUUCCAAUUCAGGAAGUUGUAAGCUAUUAUAAUUUAUGUAUAACCUCAAAAUUAACUGCCAUAUACAUAUAUAUAUUUUAUUAAUACACAAACUAGGUAUAUAGCGGAAGACCCCACGUUCGCCUGCAGGCUAUCUGAUCUGACCAGUCAGUGCCACUGAGCUGGGUGGAGCUGCAGUCUCUUUGACCAAGAAUAAAGAAAUUUUUUUUUACUUUAAA